AUGAGUGGUAGACCGACGAAAACGCCGUUCCGCGUAUUCGGCUCCCCCUACACACUGUCCCUGCAUCAGCAUGUCACCUACCUCCGUCUCAAGCAGGUCCCCUUUCGGGUGUACUGCACGAGCUUCACCACUACCUUCGUGUACUCGCUGUACUACCACGCCCGCAGCGUUUUCUGCACGUUGACUCCAAGUGGCUCUUCUCCGUUGCAGGUGUGGCAGCUGGCGGAAGCGGUGGAGCUGGACGAGGACGUUGAGGCCAUCGCUCGCUCCGCGAAGGGCGAGGUCAGUUACGCUGGUAAGGGCAGCUGUGGUGGCGGCGGCGUUUCGCACCCGGAUGGCGCCGUGACGACAGCUCCGCGUACGCAGAGGCUCCUGGUCCGAAAAGAAACGCAUCCGCAAUUGCACCUCGCUUCUUGGUGCGUAGUGGUGUACGCCUGCUGGUGGCUCGCGAAGACCGGUGCCAUGUUUCGCUACAUCCGCGGCGACGCACUCGAUGUGCUGGAGGGAUACGUGCGCUACUUCUUCCCCAUCCCAGGCAUCGGCUUUGCCCGUUCGAUGGCCCCGCGGUUUCGCGAAGUGAUGAGGCGGUUGAUCUCGGCGACGGGUGCGUCUGAUAUGACGGCGCCGUUCAUGGAGGACCAUUUCCAGCGCUUCUGCACGGCGCUUGAGGCGCACCUGCACGAACAUCCAAGUGAGCGCUUUCUACUUGGCACUCCACACCCGACCCUGGCCGACGUCACGCUCAGUGCUGCUUUCUCCGGCUUCUUCCUCAUGGACGAUCCGCCGUCGUCGAUGCUGGCGGACCAAUUCCCAUGUGUGACGGAGUACGUGGAGCGGGUAACGGGGUGGCGUGGAGCCACUUUCGUCGGCACAACUAAAGAUGCCGCCUUCACGGAUGAGGGAGCAUCCACAGGCGGUGCCAAAGCUGGCCCUGGCACCAUCACCAACGACUUCGCUGCAUCAGCCGCUAACAGGAACACCGACUACCCCGACACGGUCCCCGAGUCUCUGACGCCGUGCUUCGAGCUCAUAGCAGAGGUACUUCCGUUUCUCAUGUCACAGUGCGCCUCCUUCAACGCCUUUAUGGCUGGCGACGGCAUCCGCACACUGCGUCGUGAGCCGCUCGAGGGUGAGUGGAAGGGCUGUACGGGAUAUCUGAUGCCCCAACUGGUGAACAUCCGCUCUCUGAUGAUUGUGGACGACAAUGUCAGCAGCGUGCAGGCACGUUCGCAGGACUUGGAGAUCGCAUUUCUGGCCGCACGUGAGGUACUCGAUGACAAGUUGCACGACUUCGGAAGAAGAGAGGAUGACUCAAACGGCACCACGCCGCACGAUGUCAACGCCCACCGAGUCAACACACCCGAAGCUGACACCAGUGCGACCAUUGCGCUAGAAGUUUCGAAGAGUGUAUCAAAAUCAGCUGAUAGGGACGCUGAUGACGCUCAGCACCUGUUGCAGCUGGCACAGGAGGACACUGUUGCGAACGAGUCCGCCACAAGGAUAGAGGGGACUGAGCUCAAGAGACAGGUGGGGGCAGCGGUGGAGGCUGCACAGUUUCGGCAGCCGCUGAAUUUGAGCACGAUGCGAGCCGAGGAAGCAGAUUUCUAUCGCGCUUACACGGCGGCAGCUCGCUACAAGGUGGCUGGUACCGCUGCUUCCCUCUCCGACGUGGUGCCUCCUGCACGACAGACGAUGAGCGCUGGCAGCACGGCAGUCACCGUGCGUGGAUCUGUGAAGGAGCGCUUGCAGACGUUGUACGCGAUGCUGGCGAAGAUGAGCUGCCCGCAGUACACCCUCACCUCGCUCUAUCACGGCCGCCGUAUCUACGUCGCUGCCAUUCCGGAGUACGAGGUGGCGAAGGUGCGUAAGGCACGUCAGGAGGCAAGGAAAAGAAGUACUGUUGCGUGA